CACGACACCACGUGACAUUAAUCAUCAGUACCCGCCAGACAUAUAUGGGUAUCUUCCUAUGUUACUUUCCUUCUCCGUCACGAUUUGUCAUUUCCAAUUCAAUGCCGCUGCGUAAACUUAUCUAAACAGAGCAAGCGUGCGCUAUAUCUUCAACAUAAAACGAUGGACUGGGAUCGCAGUAGGAGAUUUGAUGAUCACCGUGGUGGAGAGAGUUAUCGUCCUGGCGGCUCUCGAGCUUAUUUGCGACGCAGCAGAUCGCCUCCGCGUGUCCGUUCUCCCCGCCUUGUCGCGGAUACAUGGGUUCCAUCACAUAGUCGGACGUAUGCCCGCGUCCGUAGCCGUUCACCACCAGCCCCAAGGCGUCGCCUCUCACGCAGUCCCUCGUUCUACAAUCGGGAGAUGGGAAUAGGUGCCUAUGUAAAGACGUGCUCUCCACCAAGGCGGUUUUCACCAAGACGGAGCGAGGUAAGAAACCGGUCACCUCACCAGGCCUCGUGGCGCUCAAGGUCUCCCUAUGGAGAAGGUCGUCAGCGUGAUAUUUCAUGGAGUCGAAAUAACCCAAAGCGGCCGCGAGACCCGUCACCCCGCAGCCAAGAAUUCAGAUUCCCCAGACGAGAGCGACCUCAGCCUCCCGCAGAUAUAUAUAUGAAGCCUGAUAUUCCGUUACGAGAUAGUGGCAGCCGCGCACCGCUCCCCCGUCGAUCCCGAAGUCCUUUUUAUGGAGGACGCAGGGAACGCAACCCAGAAAUUCCUCCAACCCCAAAGCGGCGGUCACCAUCUCCAAAGGGCACAUCGCCUAUGCGUACCUCUGCCUCCGGCUCUCUUCCCGAUUCAAGACGCUCAUCGCCAUUUCUGGAAAGGCCUCAUGUGUUUCCAUCCAAUGCUCCAAGUCGGUCACCAACUUAUCACAAUCCGCAUCGUUCGGCCCGCGCGAUCAAGGAUAAGCCCACAAUCGACGACCCAAGACAUAGAUCGCCAGUCCCAGACCGACCCACGGGCAAAGGGCAAGAUAUUGACAUUGUCGGAUCGCAGCGGCGACUUUCUGAAAUCCAAGAAACAGAUCCUAGUCCACCAAACACAGCUUAUCCCCGAAACGUCCCAGUACAACCCAAGGCAUACGGCAACAUAAUACAAGGCCAGGCACCUCCUUCUGGUCCAUCGCAUGGUCCUAAAAUAAUGUCGUUGCAGAAUCGUGGGUCAAACAUUUCUCUAUUGUCAGCUCCAACUCGGCCACGCGGUGGUCUGGGUUUCAAGGAGCCAUCUUGGGCGGGAUCUCCAGUUCGUCGCGGACUUGCGUCGACCGGACUCCACGCGCCCCCACCGACUGGUCCGCGCAGUAGUCUCAUGCCCACAGGUCCUGGCGUCGACUUGCCCCGCUCUAAUCUCAACAGACAAGGUAGUCUUCCCGGGACUUCCUACCCUCCCCGUAUCCCGAGACUUGCUAGCCACCUUGUGGGCCUUCGCCAAAUUGUCCCGGAAGGCAAAGCUCUCCCAUCCAGCCUCGAUAUCGCUAUAGAAAAACGACUUUCCCAGCUAGAUGCAGAUAAAGACAAGCUUCUUGAUCAAAUUGCAGACAGCCAGAAGCUGAGAAGACUUGGGAACCGAGACUGGGAUACGCUUGAUCGAGAGAGUUCCAUUUGUGCACUGAAGAGCGAACUUGCAGAAGGCCAUCUACAGCGUAUAGCCGAUGGUGAAAGCGUGCAUGUUGGUGCCAUGUUCUGAUAUCCUGAUAAAAGCUUAUGUUCCCUUUACCAAAUGUGAUCUCAAGCAGAAGCAGCAGGAAAGCGGAGGUCAGAACGGCAACCCAGCCUUCUUUGAACGCCUCCUCAUUGAUGGUGUAUGCGUUCCGGAGCCUUCUGUACUGAAUGUUCCUGGUUUCACAAUAAGGCAUGGGUGCAGCAAUAUUUAAGGUAAAACAUAAUGACAAGGGACUUCACAGCUUACCUGUAUUAGACUAGCGCCGGCAACUCCUCUCAGGCUAAGCCUAAAGGGUGUUCCUUAAAUAGUUA